AUUAAGCAUUUAAACACAAAAGUAUGGAUUAUUUAAACUAGAAUUGUUUAGUUUGGUUUGAACGGCCAACGAUGGAAACAUCACUCCACGGAAAAAUGCGUGUGAUUUUGCUUUUACUUGCACUAAAUUUAUUGUCAGUGUUUGCAUUGGACACUGCACAGGUUGAGCACAAUGAGGAGGAUUACGGUAAAACGUGGAUGUGGAUGCCUGAUGGCGAUGGUAACCCGCAAAUUGCUUACUUAGUUGAACCACCAGAGGAUAGUCAGCAAGAUGACAUGCCUGAAUUUGUUAAUGUGGAACUUGUUGAUAGAGCGAAUAGCGAUGUGACUACAACAGUGCAAAUAUCGGUCGCCAAUGACGACAACAGGCAAGGAGCGGGUGCGCAUAGUCGGCAAAAGCGCGAUACUUGGGAAGAGAUGGCGGAAAAAUUCAAUGCUGAUCUAGACACGAAAAUUUUGGUGCACGGCUGGAAAUCGAGUACUACUAGUGAUUCCAUACAAUCCAUACGCGGUGCAUAUGCCAUGCGUGGCAAUUUGAAUAUUUUCGCAAUUAACUGGCGUGAUCAAGCGGAUAACAUUUACUACCUGAAACCCGCUCGUUACACAGUGCAGGUGGGCAGAGCUGUUGCCAAACUAAUAGAUCUGCUAGUUGAAGAGAAAGAUGCAGAUUCCAAGCGUAUACAUCUGAUCGGACACAGUUUAGGUGCGCAUAUAAUGGGCUACGCCGGCUCAUAUACCAAAUAUCGCGUUGGUAGAGUCACAGGCCUCGAUCCUGCCAGACCUGCGUUUGAAAACUGCAGUGGACCGGAGCAUCACUUAGAUCCCUCGGAUGGUGAUUUUGUUGACGUCAUUCAUAGCUGCGGUGGCAUUUUAGGUUUUCGGGAACCUAUCGGUUUUGUAGAUUUCUAUCCAAAUGGCGGCGGCGCACCACAGCCGGGUUGUACCGAAAUCUCACAGAUUUUCACUGGAUGCAGCCAUGGACGUUCAUAUGAGUAUUUUGCAGAAUCUAUACACAGCGACAAGGGUUUCUUUGCGACACCUUGUCCGUCGUUGGAAGAGAUGAUAGCUAGAAAUUGUACUGGCGCCAAGAUACAAAUGGGCGAUCCUGUGCCAAUGAACGCACGCGGUAUCUACUACUUGAAAACUGGAAGUAAGCCAAGCUAUGCAUUGGGUCUUGAGGACUAAAACUUUUU